CUUCACUGAAUCUAACCAACUAACCAACAAUAUGGACUGGACGUUACUAGAUAUGACUGUUAGCCUAUCCUUUUGCUGAAAAAACAGUUAAUUGAAUAAAGACUAGAUAUUUAUCGAAACCCAUGGUAGGGUGACCCAUGCACUCCUGGUCAAAUGGAUAAUCUUAUAAUAAAAGAUCAGUGCUGGCCUAUGUGAGUCUAUGAGAGAAAUUUAGCCCUGACAGUGACGCUAAUUCUGCCUACUCUUCUUUGAAUACCAACUACCAAUUCUCGAGGGUUCUUUAUAUAUGCCAUAUAUUAUGCAAAUGUGUACAUAGGACUUCAGGUUUUUGUUCCAUCCAAACUACCAGACACUUUUAUUACAAAGAAAGAGAGAGAAAUUGGGUUUAACGUCUUCACAAACCAGGUCAUUUUGUACGGGUCUUAACAGUGGAAUUAACAAACCAGAGGACCUGUAGAUUAAAACCCAACAGGUUGGACAGCCAAGUGACCCUACUCCUUGUCACAUACAAGCGGAGAUUCAAAACCAAGCCACUUGACUCAGAAACAGACCACCCAAAUAAAAAAAAGACCCAUUGGGAUCGGACCUCCUGCUUAAUGAGAAAGCACUUUACUCACUGAGGUUCCUAAGAAUAGAGCCAUAGGCCCUUUAAAUAUAGUUUUGAUGCAAAAUUGAUUUAACCAUGGCUGAAUCAAGUGGUUUAAAAAGUUUGAACAAGAUUGUUCUUCCUACAAGACAGGGAAAUUGUGCUGUUGAAUUUAUGUGUGGUGAUAUAACCAAACUACCUAUGGAAGAUAAAGUGGAUAUUGUAAUGGUAUCUGCUUUUCCAAAUGACUAUAGUUUAGGUGGUAAACAUACAUUAAUAAGUGCCUUAUACCAUAACCUAGAUUUAUGUGUAGCAACUUUAUCCAGGAAGAAAGAUGUAGAUUUACGUAGAAAUUUUUCAUGUUGGGUUUCAUGUCCUCUUCCUGAUCAUCUACCUUAUCGACGACUGGUUUGUUUUGAAAGGAUAGCACAUGCAGGAAGUAUAGGAGAGCAGAUUAGUAAGAUUUAUAGAGCAUUUACACCAGUAUUUAAUAAUCAGGACACCACUGUUAUAACUCCACUAUUAGCUACAGGCAAUCAGGGACAACCAAGUAGGGCAGUUUUAGAAAUGAUGGUAAAUGGAGCUUGCAGUUGGAUUUUGGCUGGACUACCAUUACGUCAUAUGAAGAUAGUCAUAUAUUCUAAGAAUGUUAAUGAAAUUUACAAAAGAGAUGCAGAAACUGUGGAAUUAUUUAAUAAGCUAAAAUUGAAAUGGGAAAAAAUUGGCAAGCAAAAGGCUUCCUUCAACGUUGAUAUAACAAAAUAUGACAUAUAUAUGUCAUUCUCACCUAAUGACCAAAUGUUAACCAAUAAAGUAAUAAAGAAAUUGAAACAAAUACAGCCUAAGAUUAAACUUUAUACAGAUAUGAUAGCUUUUGAAAAAGAUGACGUAUGGCAAGAGAAGAUUUAUGAAGCCAUGAUCAAGUCUAAGAGAAUCAUUGUAAUAUUGAGUCCAGCUUAUAUAGCUAGUGAAGAAUGUUUAGAACAGUUUAAUAUGGCAUUAUGUUGUAAUAGAUUGAAGAGAAAACAGAUAGUGGCACCAUUCUAUAUAGAAACUAUUCCCACUCUACCAUCUUAUAUUUUAUUGGUUCAGUAUGUUGAAUGUAGAAUACGGAGAGAAACAGAUAAUCUUGACACAAUGAUUCAAACAGCAUGUGUGAAAGUCCAAGAGAGUUUAAAAGAAGAAAAAAUGGAAGAUGUUAAAAAUAUUCAUUUUACUCCAAAAUAUGAUGUAUUUAUAUCAUACGCACAUCGCUCCUCAAAAGAUGCUGUUUUGCUGCUAAAUUUACUUCAAUCUAAAUCGCCAGAACUAAGCAUUUUCUUUGAUAAAAGUGAACUCACCACAGGAAGUGUGUGGCAAAAGUCGCUAUAUGAAGCAAUAGAUAAUUCAGAUAUAGUAAUUGCUAUGAUAUCUGAAGCUUAUAUAAAAUCUACAGUAUGUCGUGAAGAGUAUAAUAUAGCUCUAGCUAGACACUUGUCACAGUAUGACAUCCAUUUUAUACCUGUUUGCUGUGAUGAUUUAACCACUGUUCCUGUAGAAUUCAGUCAUGUGCCUAUGCUAGAUAAUCGUGAAAAAGAUGAUGAUGAAGUAAUACAGAAUAUAGCUGACACUAUAGUAUAUUUUAAGUCAACGGGUAUUCGUACAAGUAUUUUGAAACAAAAAUGUGCAAAGGAAGAUAUCAACAUUAAAAUGGAAAAAGAAAGAGAAAAGAAGUUCCAUCAAUAUUAUAAAGUAAAGAAAGACCAAGUAGAAAUCAAGAUGAAGAAUUUGCCUGUUAAGCAAAAUCUGCAAGUUGCUUUCAGCUUCUCUCAAAACUGCUUAAAAUAUGCAGUUGCUGUUCAACAAUUUCUUGAGACUUUUGAACCAAGCACUAAGUGUAUGUUUUUAAGUGGGACUGACAAUGAAAGAUUAACAAUACUAGAUAAAGCAGAUAGAAUUGUGAUCCUAGUUUCUCAAGAGUACAUUAAAUCUACCCUGUUAAUGGAAGAGUUCCAUAUUGCUAUGUGUCGACAAAGAACCAUUCCUAACAGUGUGCUAUAUUUUAUAAAUACAGCCGCAUUAGAACCAAAGCCGACCUUUAUGUCUAUUAUUCCCUAUAGUAUAUCAAGAGCAGAUAAACUGUGGAAAACAUUGACAAAAGGUGCUGAUGAAAAUAGACAAUUGAGAUUAGGAAAAGAAGGUUUUGAAGGAUCUUAUUCUUUUGCACCAUCAGAUAUUUUAGCUAUGAAAACUGCUGCCGUUGAUCUUUUGCAUGGCCUACCAGAAGGUGAAGAAUGGGUGAAUAUUAUUAGUGUAAUGACAGAUACUGACAAACCUAAUAAAAUACCAAUUAAACAGUGUAUUAGAAUAGAUAAAGGAAAAACAGUAGAAGUUGAUCCAGUUACAGAUGUUGUUGCACUAACUGAUGUUGUAGCUAAUACAUUUAAACUUCCUGAAAACACAGAAAUCAAAACAGCACCAUAUAAAAUAGAUCAGAUUAAAACAGCAGCAAGUGAAACGAGAUGUAGCAAAGAAGAAAAAAGUGAAAGAGGGCCAGUCAAAGCAGCAUCAAAUGAAACAAGACAUAGCCAAGCAGAAUCAAGUGAAAUAGGACCAAUCAAAAACGGAUCAAAUGAAACAGUUCAAAUCAAAACAGAGGCAAGUGAAUCAAGACGUGGCAAAGUCGAAUCAAAUGAAAGUGGACCAAUUCAAUUAUCAUCAAAUGAAACGAGACGUAGCAAAGCCGAAUCAAAUGAAACACGACCAAUCAAAACCACAUCAAAUGAAACAGGAGGUAGCAAAGCAAAAGUAAGUGAGACAGGAAUGAUCAAGAACGAUUCCAACACAUCCAAACAAGUUGAAACAGUGUCCAAACAAUUAUCUGAAUCACAACAAAAUAAAAGUGCUUCAAGAUCAUGCAUAUUGUUAUAAAAGUUCUAUGUCUAUAACCUAAGAAAGAAAUAUAUCAGAUUCUGUAAUGUUUGUGGAGAAAAGCAUAUAUACUGAUUAAACAAAAAUUGUUAUAGUAGAAAAAGAAUUUCUUUAUUGUGAAAAAUAACUCAAAUAUUACUGUGAUAUUGUGGAGAGAAGUUCCUCAAUUGUUAUUUUACGCUUUAGAGGAAAGUUCCUCUUAGUGGGAAAGAAAAUUGAUUUUUUUUAUUCUGUAUUUUUUGUGCAGAAAUCUUUUCUUGUUUUAUUGUUCUAUUUUUGAUAGAAAAUACCUUAAAUAUUAUUAUCAGUUGUCAGAUACUACUAAUAAGUAUUUGUGAACCAGGAACUAGUCCUCAAGUGUUACUCAUCUUGUUAUUGUUCUUGGGGCUGACGCCAAUUCAAUCACGAUCAACAUGAAACUUGGCACUCUCAUGUAGACAAUUGCACUUUGAUAUGUUACAAUUCCAAGAUUGCAACGAUUAUGUCAUUCUAAGUUCCUGGACCAUAUAGUACAAUCUGUUUCACAGAGGUAUAGUGAAAGCAUAAUAUUCUUAUACCUCUGUAUUAGAUGACUGAAGUUCAAGCAUGUCUUCUACAGGUGACUUCACAUCACGAGCAUCAUUGGCUCUAUAGCGUGUGCAUUGUUUACAUAAGACAUUGUAGCAUUGUUCACAUAAGAUAUUGUUGCGUUAAGUGGUCCAGGCAGAAUGGUGACUUUUACUCAUUUUAUAUACCCAUUUACACUAAAUAUGAAUUAUUUUUUAUCUAUAUAUACUUCAAACACCUUUAUUUAUUUUUCUAAUACUUCAAAAACUGUUCUAGAAUUUAAUUUGCACAAGGAAAAAAGUUAAUAUUUUUGUGUUUGAAGAUGAAUCUUAAUAAAGGCAUUUUUUUUUUUCAGUUCUCUGAAUGAUGCCUUUUACCCAAUUUAUAUACCCAUUUACACUAAAUAGGAAAUAUUUUUUAACUACAUAUACUUCAAACACCUUUAUUUAUUUUUCUAAGGUUCUAGAAUUUAAUUUGCACAAUGAAAAAAGGUAAUAUUGGGACUCAUUAGCAGUGAUUGUAGUGGCGUAGCAAAUAUUAUAGUACUGUUGUAUUUGUUUAUUUAUACUUUAGAUUAUUUUUACAAUUUUGUAAAUAAUAUAUUCAAUAAAAGCAUAGAGAUAC